AUGGCCAUGUCCCGUCGUAAGCAACUUCAUCCGAAAUCAUUGAAAGAAGGUGAUGAAACAAUAUUUGUUUUACCCGAUGAAUUGAAAUGUGAUGAAGAAACACAUGAGAUAAUUGCUCGAAUCGAUAUCGAACAAGGACAACGUUUAGGUCCAUUUCCGGCUAUUGCCGUUUCUUGUCAACAACAACGAUUAUCAACUGAUUCAGAUUCAAUGAAUGGAAGUAGUAGCGGUGGUGGUAGUAGCAUGAUCAUGCAAAUUGAUAAUGAAAUUAAUGAACAUCAUAUACAAUCUUUUCAAUUACUUGAUAAUAAACAUAAUUGGCUUGCUAGAUGUUCAAUAUUAAAUCAUUCUUCAACAAAUUUCGAUAUUAAUUUCCAAGAUGAUCAAAUUUUUAUUAUUCUAACACAAUCAAUAACAAUUGGUACACGACUUUGUACAAAUACAGUUAUUCUUCCAAAAUUAAUUAAUACAGAAGAUUGUCAAAUAAAACAAGAAAUUAAAAUAAAUAUGAAUUCAAUUACAGAUGAUAUUAAAGUUAAAGAAGAACCAAUUGAAUCUGAAGAAGAACAACAACCACAACAACUUGAUCUUUCAUUAUCAUCGAAUAUUAAAUCUGAAUCACCAAUUAUCUCUAACAAUCCAACAAAAUCGAAAGAAACAAAAAAACUUCAUCCUCUUAUUUUUAUAUGUGAUGAUUGCGGUAUUCGUUAUAGUAAUAGAAGUACAUUAGAUGCUCAUCGACAACAUUACUGUAUAAAACGAGGAGAAACAAAAAAAAGUCAUUCAACAGAUUCAACAAUGAUUGUUAAAACAAAGAGCAUGAAACGCAAACAUAUUGAUACAAGUGAUUCAUCAUCAUCGCCAACAAAACGUUUAUCAACACCAUCAAAUGACUCAUAUUGUUCUGAAUGUGAUAUUUUAUUUUCUAAACCAGAUAAUCUUCUUCAACAUAAAUUAUAUUAUUGUCGAACGAAAUCAACAUCAUCGACAUCUACAUCUUCAUCUUUACGUCAAAUAAAUGAACAAAAUAUUUCAAAUUCAUUUCGACCACCAAUUCCAUUCGAUCGUCCGAUACAAAUUGGACAAUUUAUAUAUGUACCUGUACCCAUUGUUUCUUCACAAGUUGAAAAUACUGAACAACCAUUAUCACCGUCGACGAAUGAUAAUAAACCAUUAGAUUUAAGUAAACCAAAAAAAAUCGUUGAUGAAUGUGAAAAAUCAACUUCACCAUUAGAUUUAACAAUUGAAAAACCAACAAAUUUAUUUAAUUUACUUAAUUCAUCAACAAUAACAAAAUCAACAAAUCAUGUUCAACAACAAAUCUAUGAAUGUGAUUAUUGUUCAAUACGUUUUAGUUCAUUAAAAACUUUACAUGCACAUCAAGAAAAUUAUUGUAUUGAAUAUAGAAAACAAAAAAAACCUACAAAUAAUAAUAAUUUAUCAAUAAAUGAAACUAAUUCAAUAGUUAAUGAUUCCAAUCGAUCUCAAUCUCCUCCAAUAUCAAUCUCUAAAACAGUUCCGUUGUCUCCAAAUGAUACAACAAUAUCUUCUACUCAUUUACCACCACAUCGUUCAUCACCAUUUAUGUGUCGUCUAUGCAAAUAUCGUGGUAAUACAUUACGUGGAAUGCGUAUGCAUUUUAAAUUUCAUUUAUCUAAUAAUGAACCAUGUACCGAUGAUGAUAUUAUAAUAACACCAACAAUAAAUAAUAAUUCUUUAUCUAUUCCAUCAUCUCAAUUAUUACUUAAAUGUAAAAUAUGUUCGGCGAUGUUUGAUCAAGAAGAUACAUUAUUAAAUCAUAUAAAAUAUGUUCAUACAAAAGAAAGUUUACUUGAAUGUUUAGAAUGUCAAUCAAGAUUUUGUUCGAAAUGGAAUUUACUUCGUCAUAUGAAAUUAACACAUACAAAUAUAAAAUGUGAUGAAGAAGAACAACAACAACAAGAUGCUGAUGAUAAUAAUGAAUUAAAUGAGUCUCAUUUUCAUAUGAAUGAAUCUAAAAUUGAUCAAAAAUUAGAUGAAGAUCUAGAUCUUUCUUCUUCUUCGACUACUUCUUCUACUAAUAAUGAAAAAUUAUCUGAUCCAGUGAAUCUCACUCGUAAUGUUCUUAUUGAAUCAAUGGAUAUAAAUUCAAUAAAAAAAAUAUCUGAUGGAUUUUCAAUAAAGAAAAAAUUUGCAUGUCCAUAUUGUCAUAUUAAAUUUGGUAGUAUUGAUACAUUAAAACAACAUAUGACGAAAUAUUGUUCAUCUCGACCAACAAAUGAUGAACAAUUAAAUACGAAAAAGAAAACACCUGAAACAUAUUGUUCAUCAUGUCAAAUUCCAUUUCGACAUAAAAGUUCUUAUGAUGCACAUAAAAUGUAUUAUUGUCGUGGAAGUAAUAAAGCGCAUGUUAAAAUACAAGGUUAA